GACAAGGCCCCAUCCUAGGAGCCUCCGCGGCGGCGUCCAGCUGAGCUCAACGGCUCCUUCCCCUUUCCCCUUCACCUCGCUACUAGGAGACCAAGCCUCGCCGCGCCAACGCACCGCCGGCCGCAGCCAGCAGCCUCGUCUCUGCUCCCCGCUCCGGCCUCCUCCCCCUUCCAGAUGGAGCGCUCCGUGCACUCCACCGGCCGGACCUCCCUCCCGCCGCCGCGGCCCCAACCAGCUCCAGCUCCAGGCCGUGGAGUGUGCAUGAUGAGCACGUCGUGGAGGGACAAACAGGACCCCAACCUCGUCAACUAUAUCGCCGCUUUCCUGGCUGCCAACUCGUAUCGCCUAAACUUCCUGUUGUUAUCUCCUGACUUCAUCUUCAACAACGGGGGGUUAUCCGUCGCUUUCAUCUUUGAGACGAGUUGGGUUUCUGAGAACGCAGCUGCUGUUUUUGGCAGGGUCAAUACGCUCAAGAGGCAGUUCAAAAAUCUCUAUGUUGUUGUGGCUGUUCCCAAGGUGGAGCAAAUCGAGUCAUUCAAUCGAUCGUAUUUCCAGUACAACAUGGAGCUUGGCUGCCCUACGUUUGUGCCUGUUAACGACCCAGAGAUGGGAUUCGAGAAAAUGCUCAAGAUAGCUCAUGCUCGCGGAGUAUGCAAGCAGCAGGACAUUACCUCAACAAUGAGGAAUGAGCGGGAGCAAGCAGUUCAGUCCAUGGAUGCCUUUUUACAUGUGCUCACCUCCAUUCCUGGUAUUGAUGAUCAUGAUGCCACUAUGCUUUCCCAAGCUAUUGGCUCUAUUGAAGCAAUCGCAAAAGCAUCUGUGGGUUUUAUUCUAGAAAACACUGACCUCUCCAUGGAUAAGGCGAAGACAGUUGUCACGUUCUUCAGGGAUCCGCAGUACUACUUGAGCCCUAAAAUCAACUAAUUCUUGCAGGUCAGUCGAUUCGCUGGAAAUCUGCAUUGCGAUGAACAUUUAUAGGCUACUUGCCCUUCUAGUGGUUUUGUUAUGUGGUUGUAGAAUAGAAUGUAUAUGGCCAGAACUUCGUGUUUCUAAAACAGUUAGAAUGAUGGUGCCUUGCUGGUUAAUUUUUUUUUCUUAAUGUGCAAAUAGGAUUCAGAUAUUUAAUUUGACGAUAAUACACGGUAAUAAGACCUCUACAUAUGUGUUAUAUUUAUAUAUCUAAUCUAACCCAAGUUUCUGGGUUCUCAUGA